AUGGCAACAGACAUAUAUAUAGGAAAGCGCCUCUCCUACGACGCGCACCUCUGCACAAUCCGCUACCACGGCCCCAUCCAAGGCACAACCGGCCUCUGGCUCGGCGUAGAAUGGGACGAGCCCACACGAGGAAAGCACUCCGGCACACACCAAGGCACCCAAUACUUCACCUGUCUAAACCCUUCUCCAACAUCCGCAUCCUUCAUCCGACCAACCCGCAAACCAGACCAACCACGCACCUUUGUCCAAGCCCUAAAGUCAAAGUACGCGUCUGAAGCUCUGGAGGAAGACUUCCAGGAUCCAGAUGUUCAUGUUGUGUUUAACCAUCAGCCGCCUGUGCAGCAGAAACAAAAGCCGGUGCUGUUCAAUGGGAAGCCGGCGGAGGAGAUUGGGUUCGAUAAGAUUAGGAGGCAAUUGGCGCAGCUGGGAGAAUUGAAGAUUAUUAUUUUGGAUGGGCUUUGUAUGCAGAGGCCUGAGGCACGAGGGGAGGGGUGGUUGAAAGGAGGGGAGAAAAUCGAUGUCAAGGAGGCAUGUCCGAAAGCGAUGGAACUUGAUUUGAGCAGGAAUCUUUUUGAGGAGUGGAGGGAAGUAGCUGCCAUCUGUGAACAGCUGCCUGGUUUGAGGAGCUUGAGGGUUGAUGGCAUACGUCUUCGCGAUACAUCUGUAUCAGAACCAGAGCGAGUCCGUUGUCUCAAAGCCUUCAAAGGCAUAACCUCUUUGAAACUGGAAGACAAUCUCCUCCCGUGGGCCGACCUGGCCCUCCUAACCCACCGCUUCCCCUCUGUCACAACCUUCUCCGCAUCUAGCAACCUCUACACAAGCCUCACACAUCACGCCCUCAACCCCACAAUCACCGACCUAACACUGGAAGACAACCACCUCACUUCUCUAUCCUCACUGGCCUGCCUCACAGCCCUCCCAAACCUGCACCGCCUCAUCCUCAAAUCGAACAAAAUCUCCGAGAUAACCAGUUCCGGCGCAUCGAUACCAGUUUUCUCGACCACCGUCCGAGAAGUCGACCUUUCGUUCAACAAAAUCUCAACAUGGGCGUUCAUCGAACAACUCAUACACGUCUUCCCCGGUCUCCGAAGCCUGCGUGUAUCGCAGAACCCGCUGUAUCAGUCGUUACAAGCACCGGAUGGACGGAACUUGACGGCAGACGAUGGAUACAUGCUUACGCUUGCACGACUGGGACAACUCAAGACACUGAACCACAGUCCCAUCAACGAGAAAGAGCGGUUGAACGCAGAGUCGUACUAUCUCUCCAUGAUCGCCAAGGAAGUGCAAUUCGCGCCUGAGAACCUGCGAGAGCAGAUAUUGAAGAGUCACCCGCGAUACGAGUGGCUAUGUGAGGAGUAUGGCGAGCCCGAUGUUCAGCGUUCUGUCAACGCUGUGAAUCCCAAUUCGCUUGCUGCCCGGUUGCUUCGCAUCAAGUUUUACCUUGCGACGUCCACAGACACGGUAUUCGAGACGGAGAUCCCGAUGAGCGGCACGGCGUACACGGUUCUCGGUAUUGUUGGGAAGCACUUCGGCAUCAAGCCUAUGAAGUGCAGACUGAUCUGGGAGACAGGCGAUUGGAUGUCAGUGCGGAAAUCAGCGACAGACAUCGUAGAUGACGACUGGGAUUCUGAAGAUAGCGAGGCGGAGAUGGGUAUGGAGCGGGUCAUGAGGGAGGUGGAGAUCGUUCCUGGGACGCGGUCGAUUGGUACAUGGAUCGACGGGACAGAGGCUACUGUGAGGGUCGAAGUCAAGUCGUGA